AUGUCAUCAAAGCUCUCGAAUCCAGCUGCUGCCGCCGACAGUGGGGCCAAGGGGAAGGAGGAACAUCCAUCGUCCAAGUCGACCAAGAAAAACCAUCCGCGUCGCCAAAGACGACAAGGAAGGCGGCGCCCAUCUACUCCAUCCCAACCCCAAAAGAGCAAUCCGCCUGAGAUUUCUUCCAAUGUUGAGAGCGGGGACGCAUCGAUAUCUUCCCGCAAACCAUGUGCUGUGUGGAAACCUACCAGCAUCUUCAACAGCAACAACAACGACGAGGGACUCCGUGCCCGGGAUGCACAACUGCUUCGGUGGCUUCUCAACAAACUCACACCAUCCAACUUUGACAAAUUGGUGGCCAUUUUUGUGUCCGAAACGGCCAUGUUCUUCCAGACGGAGCCGUGGUUGUUGAUGCGGGAUGCCAUUGAGACGAUCAUUACACGGGCGGCAUUGGACCCUCGCUAUUGCGCGGUUCAUGCACGGCUUUGUAAGAGUCUUAUUGGCGGCGAUAAUCCACAAUUUCAGGACAUGCUGGCUCAAAUAUGCCAGGAACAAGUCCAAACGAACACGCAGUCUGUGCUAGACAGUCAUCAAACACCCCAAGUUGCCACGAUGGCCAAGAAACGCUAUGUGGGUAGCAAACAGUUUAUUGGGGAACUGUUCAACCACCGUGUUCUGACACCCAAGCAAGUGACAACCUUUCUUCUCGAUUUGAUGGGUCAGACCCUACGGAUUGAUAGCGGUGUCCCUGCCAGUGAAUGCGACGACUAUUACACGAGGAACAUGCCGGCUUUUAGUAGUACUGGUCUCGAUGAACUAGCACUGGAAGGUCUCUGUGUAUUGCUAGACACAGCAGGAAAGGCGUUGGAAGAUGAAAUCUUGACAGUCUCUGAUAUAUCUACAUCAUCUGACAUGGAAAUUUCGGACGAUCUCGAACGAUGCUGGGACUUUCUCAAAGGUUUGCUGGUGACGACAGGGACCGGCGUCAGCACCAAAAGCACAACAACAAUAAGAACCGGUCCGCCCCUAUUGAGCUUUCGGAUGAGACACAUGGUGUUGGACCUGAUAGAACUUCGACAAUUGGCAUGGCAUCCUGUACGGUACGGAGCAAGACAGAGAAGGAGCUGUGUGGCAAAGGAACUUUUGACAGAUGCGAGUGACAGUCAACUGCUAGUAGUAGCUGGGCAUGCCAAGAAAGGCAGGAAUAGGAAAUCCAAGAAGAAACAUGUGCACUUUGGCGGGUCAACAAACUGA